AUGCUGGAGGCCAAGUACUCGAUGCUCAUGGCGCUCCGCGCUCUUAUUCUUUGCGCUCUCCUGGGGGUUGCAAACGCCAAGUUUUGGUUGGAGGAUAUUGGACACUAUGGCAUUUCUCCAUAUCAUCCAUCCGGUGCGGCUUACCAAAUCUUUCGCAAUGUGAAAGACUUUGGCGCAAUUGGAGAUGGAGUCACCGAUGACACGAUGGCUAUCAAUGCCGCCAUUUCAGCAGGGCAGAGAUGUGCUCCUGGCCUCUGCAAAGGCAGCGUUGUUUCCCCUGCCACUGUCUACUUUCCUUCCGGAACCUACCUUAUAUCCGAUUCCAUCAUCGAUUUCUACCACACGCAACUCAUCGGCGAUCCUACUAACCGUCCGACGAUCAAGGCGGCAUCAUUUUUCCCAAAGGAGAAGUUUGGGUUGAUUGAUGCGAAUCCAUACCAGCCGGGCGGUUCGCUUGCCUGGAACUCCACAAACACCUUCUUCCGACAGAUUCGGAAUCUCAUUCUCGAUACUACGGCCAUGCCUGCUGAUGUUCGAGCCGUUGGAAUCCAUUGGCCUUCGUCCCAGGCGACCGCGAUCACCAACUGCGUGUUUCUCCUGUCGACCGUUCCGGGAAACCAGCAUACUGGACUCUUUAUUGAGGAAGGCUCUGGUGGGCUUCUCAAUGACCUUUACUUUUCUGGUGGUGGCACAGCAGCCGUACUUGGCAACCAACAGUAUACGGCGAGGAAUCUAUGGUUUUAUGGUUCAGAGAUUGCGAUCAGCAUGAAAUGGAACUGGGGCUGGACUUUCAAAGGCGCCUACUUCAAAGAUUGCGGAAUUGGCAUCCAAAUGGAUGAGGAGCAAGCUUCGACGGGCUCCAUCACCCUGCUCGACAGCUGGUUCGAGCAUACUGAUACCGCAAUCACCACUACGCGGAAGAUCAAUGACAAUAAAGGGGCCAACGGGACGCUAGUCAUGGAUAACGUGAAAUUUAACGCCGUCAAUAAGAUUCUUCUGGGGCCCGACGGGAUCAUAUUGACAGAAGACGACGUCAAACAAGGCGGAGGUGAUAUUUUCAUCAUGGUAAAGCCCUUCUGCCAUCUAGCCUUUGGGAAGGGCCACGUCGUUGAUAGUAUCGGCUUUUUCGCCCAAACGGGCUUUUACAGUCUCCCCUCCAGUCGCAGGCCACCGCUAUUGGAGGGAGGUAAAUACUACGAAAAAUCAAAGCCGCAAUACGAAGAGUUUCCGGCAUCUGCUUUCCUCUCGGCGCGAGCAUACGGGGUGAAGGGUGACGGUUCAUCGGAUGACACCCAAGCGUUGAAUGCGUUGCUGAAGUAUGCUGCUGAACAUGGGCUCAUCCUCCAUCUCGAUGCCGGAAUAUAUUUAGUCACCGACACCGUGUACAUACCUCCCAACUCGAGGAUUGUGGGUGAGGCGAUGGCAUCAACAAUCAUGGCAUACGGUCCCAAAUUCCAAGACCUCAGCAACCCUCGACCCGUCGUUAAAGUAGGGUUUCCUGGACAGGUUGGUCGCAUCGAGUGGUCCGAUACAUUUAUGUCAACCAGGGGACCUUGUGCUGGUGCUAUUCUUAUAGAAUACAACCUUUUCUCAGAUGGCGUCCCAUCUAGAAUGUGGGAUAUACAUACGAGAAUCGGGGGGUUUCCAGGAACAGACCUUCAGCUGCCGCAGUGUCCAGCCAUCCAACAUGAUGAUGCAAUCAAUCCAAAAUGCAUCGCGGCGUUUAUGAGCAUGCAUCUCACUCCACAAUCUGGGGGCCUGUUCUCAGAAAACUGUUGGUUUUGGGUUGCCGACCACGAUUUGGAAGAUGAUCAGUACCAGCGGUUGACUAUCUUCGCCGGCCGGGGCUUACUUAUCGAGUCCCAGACGGGUCGCAUCUGGCUCAGUGCGACCGGUUCCGAGCAUCAUGUGAUGUACCAGUAUCACUUUCUGAACACCCAGAACAUUUACAUGGGUCAUCUUCAGACUGAGAGCCCAUAUUUCCAGCCACGACCUCUUGCCCGUUUCCCGUUUCCAGCAUUAGCGCAGUUCAAUGACCCUGAUUUCAAUCGGGAUUGCGAUGGACCGUCCGUUGAACCUUGUGAAACUUCCUGGGGAAUAAAAAUGCAGGGGUCCAGAGAUGUUGUGAUCUACGGCGCUGGGCUAUACUCAUUCUUCGUCAACUAUGAUCAUACCUGCUCGAGACCCAAUUCGACUCGACACUGCCAGGAGAGGAUUCUAAGUGUACAGGAUAGUGCUGGAGGAAUCGAAAUUUUUGGGCUAAGCACGGUAGGGACAAGGGUAAUGGUUGAGCAAGAUGGGCGAGAUCUCAUCCCAGCAGUCCUCAACAACAGUACCUUUGCCGACACCCUGGGCUUAUACCGUCCUGUAUAG